GUACGAUUCAACUAUUCAUUGUUAAUUUUUAGCGUCCCUAUACUAAAAUAGCAUGAGUGUGGAUUUGAACAAAACUGCCUCCAACAGUCAUGAUAAAAUGGCAAUAUCAGCAGAACAGCAGGCAAAGAUCAUUGAGGUGAGAGGGUUGAUAGGGCCACUAUCUGAUAAGGAAUCUGUGUACUGUUCUGAUGCUUCCAUCUCAAGGUAUUUAAGGGCACGAAAUUGGAAUGUCAAGAAGGCAGCUCAAAUGUUGAAGCAAAGCCUAAAAUGGAGAAAAGAAUACAAGCCUCAAGAGAUCCGCUGGGAAGAGGUUGCUGCUGUAGCAGAGAAAGGGAUGUUGUAUAGACCAAAUUAUUCUGACAAGUAUGGGAGACCAGUGAUUGUAAUGAGACCUUGUAACAAGAAAUCAACACCAGCACAGGACAUGAUUAAGUAUUUUGUAUACUGCAUGGAGAAUGCCAUUAUAAAUCUGCCACCACACGAGGAACAGUUGGCCUGGCUGAUAGAUUUCCAGGGUGUCAAGAUGUCAGAUGUGUCAUUCAAGACGUCACGUGAAACUGUCCAUAUAUUACAAGAAUAUUAUCCAAAGCAUCUGGGUUUGGCAAUGCUGUACAAAGCACCUAGGAUCUUCCAACCAUUCUUCUCGAUGCUAAGGCCAUUUCUAGAGACAGAGCUUUACAAUAAAGUAAAGUUUGGGUAUUCGGACGACCACAACACAAAGAAGAUAUUGGAGGAUUUGUUUGAUAUGGAUAAACUUGAAUCUGCAUUUGGUGGGAAUGAUGAUACAGGAUUUGACAUGAAUAAAUAUGCAGAAAGAAUGAAAGAGGAUGAAAAUAAGAUUCUUUCUUUCUGGACACAGGCCAAGUCUGUGUCUUAAAUAAAGCUCCUUUUCCUUAGAUUCAAUCAGGGAAGAUGCAAACUCUGAUGCUUCUUACAAUACAUCUUGGUUUCUCAAAGGGGGAGAAAUUAGAAGGAGAAAUUACCGACCUAAAUCAGUGUUGAGUAAACUGUAAUGCAGUUACAUGCUAUGACAUUCUAGUUUGAAACCUAAAUUCUAGACACCAAGUGUCGACUUCAUGUAUGAUUUAUGAUUAUAAAUAAUUUUGCCUCGUUGCUUGAA